UGGUGUUCAAUCUUAGUAUCAAUUAUGACUAACUAGUCAGGAAAAGUUCUAAAAGAACACCACUGCUGUUGGAAAAGGAAAUGUUGAAGUCAGGGAAUAGAAAACCAAAGAAAUAUAUAAUAGUCAAUAAAAUAACUUUACUAAAUUCUUACACUUUAAAAGUACACUGCCCUCCAGUGGUCACCAUAGCAAAGUGUCGCAUCAUUUCAUUUCAAUUUAUUAACGUUCAUUUUUUUUCCCUACGUGUAAAGAAAGAUAAACAGCGCAGUAUCAGUGGAGAUAAUAAUAUUUUGUAUGAAUAAAAAUGUUUUUUCUGAAUGUACAUUAACUUGUUAAUAUUGUAUUGAAUUAUUCGCUUACGCCUCGGAGCAUCUCUGCAGUAGCUGCGUGAAGACUCCUGCAGUUUGUGGGAAAUAAACGUCAUAUUUUAAAAUUAAAGCAAAGCAAAAGCAUUGAACACUGAGGUUUAAAUCCGCGCAGGCAUCGUCGACAGACGAGGGGGGGUUUUUUUGGCAGCGGCUUAAUCACGAUGUCAUCCUCCGAAAAUGCUGCGUCACAUGAAGCUUGUGAACCAUCACCUUCAACGUCAGAGACCGACCCUCUGAGGAUCGUUCUUCUGGGGAGGACGGGGACGGGCAGAAGCUCUUCGGGUAACACAAUCCUGGGCAGAUCCACGUUCUGGGUGGACGUCUCCCCCUCGUCUGUGACCUCACAAUGUAAGAGUCAGAGUGGGACAGUACACGGGCGCAGCAUCUCAGUGAUAGAUACACCAGGGUUCUUCCACACAGGACUUGACCCACAGGAGGUCAUGGCUGAGGUGGGGCAGUGUGUCGCCCUGUCUUCCCCUGGACCCCAUGUCUUUAUGUUGACCCUGCAGCCCACCAGGUUCACACAGGAGGAGAGGGACAGCCUGGAGUGGAUUAAAGCCAUGUUUGGUCCUAAUGUGGUCAGAUUUACCAUGGUGCUUUUCACCUGGGGGGACCAGCUGCAGGGAAAAGACCCCAAGGACUUCCUGCAGGAGAACCAGGAGCUGCUGAAAUUUGUCAGGAGCUGCCACGGAGGCUAUCACGUGCUGGACAACAGUCCAGGCCAGGAUAAGAGUAAGGCGUGCACCGAACAGGUCCUACAGCUACUGCAGAAGGUGGACCAGAUGGUGACGGACAAUGGUGGCAUUUGCUACAGCUGUGAGAUGUUCGACGAAGUUAAAACGGUCGUCAGGGAGGCACAGGAGAGGUUUCUGGAGGCAAAAACACUGGGGAAAGGUCAGAAACUGUCUGAAAAGAAAGAAGAGGAAGGAAGAGACGUAGAGAGUCGAAGUCAAAGGGAACAAGUGGAGAAAAGAAAGGAGGAGGAGGAAGCUAGGAAAACAGCAGAGAGGCUUUUCUGGUGUGAGCUGGUGACGGCGAUGGGAAAAGGUGCUGCAGAGGGAGCAGGAGUCAUGGUGAAGGACAAAGGUAAAGGAAAAGUAGUCAAGAAGGCAAAAGUGGUGGAGAGGGCAGCUGCCCUGGCGGCGUCACCGCUCUCCAUCACUUCUGCCGCUAAGAUGGUGGGUGGAGCCGUGAGGGAGGGAGGUAAAGUGCUGUACAAGCACCGCAAAACAUUUCUACACUGACAGACAUCUGACAGCAGACUCCUGGGUCUU